UUCACCUCAUUUUCUUCCAUAAAAAACCCGAAAACCCAAUUACAAAACAAAACAAAAUAUCUCCGGCGACUCCGAUGGACUCUAAACCCUCCAGCAGCGAAGUAUCAUUCGAGUUCCCUACCCUCUUCCGAAUCUAUAACGACGGCCGAACCGAGAGACUCAUGGGCACCGAAACCGUCCCACCCUCCACCGACCCGACAACCGGGGUGCAAUCCAAAGACAUCGUCCUCUCGCCACAAUCCGGGCUCUCUGCCCGCGUGUUUCUCCCCAAGCUCCCCGACCCGACCCGCAAACUCCCUCUCCUUAUUUUCAUCCACGGCGGCGCUUUCGUCAUCGAGUCCCCCUACUCUCCUCUCUACCACAACCACGUCUCGUUACUGGCUUCCGAAGCGAACGUCGUGGCUUUGUCGGUGCACUACAGGCGGGCGCCGGAGCACCCACUCCCCGUUGCUUUUGAAGACUCCUGGGAUGCAGUCCAAUGGGCCGCGGCCCAUUCCAAUCGUAACGGGCCCGAGGCCUGGCUCAACGAUCGCGUUGACUUUGACCGUGUUUUUAUUGGUGGCGACAGCGCUGGUGCCACUCUAACGCAUCACGUGGUGCGCCAGGCCGGGCUCUACGGUUUGGGUGGCACCAGGAUAGUGGGGAUGAUUUUGUUUCACCCCUUCUUCGUGAAUGACAAGCCCGGUAAGUUGUUGGAGGUUAUUUAUCCGACAUGUGGGGGGUCGGAUGACGCGAGGGUGUGGCCGGGUAAGGAUCCGAAAUUGGGUGAGAUUGGGUGUGGGAGGGUGUUGGUUUUCGUGGCUGAGAAGGAUUUCUUGAGGGACAGGGGCUGGGCAUACUACGAGGCAUUGAAGAAGAGUGGGUAUGGUGGGGUGGUUGAGAUUGUGGAGAGUGAAGGGGAGGGCCACGUCUUUCAUUUGUUUAACCCAAGUUGUGACAAAGCUGUGGACUUGGUGAGAAAGGUGGUUUUUUUCAUAAAUCAAGACUAAUCUACGGCCCAAGUGUGAAGAUAUGGGAUUUUAUGGUGACAAAAACGGUCAGAUGAUGUAAUUUUUGGGUUAUAACAAGAAUUAUCCAUGGUAUUAUAAAAGAUAGAUACACAAGCAUAUAUUAUCCUCAUACAGCAACCGUCAGAUGAUGCAAUUUUUUCGUGUUAUAAUAAGCAUUAUCCAUUGUAUUGUAGACUACAGGUAUACAUUAUCCAUUUUAUUAGAACUAAAGUUAUUGCUUUGAA